AUGCCGAUCAAGCCGACGAGAGACGCGACGACCGAGGCGCCGUAUGUGAUUGUCAUCCCGUCGCCCAACGCCGUCGGCGUGACGGCGCUCACGACGGGCCACUGGGCGACGGGGAUCUGCGACUGCUACAAGAGCCUCCUUCCGAACGCCUGCAUGGCCUGCUGGUGCCCGUGCGUGAGCUUGGCGCAGACUACCCACCGCAUCGGUCUCUCGGCAUCGUACCUCGCGACUGUGCUUGUGUUUGCGUUCUUGUAUCUCUUUGCGACGGGUCCGAUCUUCCUGCCCGUGUACUGGGACCGCUGGUCGCACUGGAACAACGGCUGCCUCGUCUUUAGCUUGAUUGUCGUGCUCAUGCUCAUGCUCCUCCGGGGCCGCGUCCGCGUCAUGCUCCGCAUCCCGGGCAACGUCGUGGAGGACUGUUGCUGCGCCAUCUUUUGCCACUGCUGCGCGCUUGCCCAGUUGGCGACGCAGGUCGAUGCGUACGACGCCAACACGUGCCAAUUCAGGGCCAAAGGCACCUUGCCCGCCUUUGCGCUCUCGUAG